CUUCUUCUACGGUUACCUUACCGCAUCGUCUGAAAGUGUCCGCCUGCUGAGCGGGAGGAGAUGUGAAGCCUCAGGACGAACAGAAGAACUCUUUACAUGCAGUGAUCAGAGCUCCUGACGGUUCACACAUCUGAGAACAUUUAAAGACAUCACUCCAUCAAAGAGUCGUUCAGAGGAGUUCCACCCUGACCCUGCCUAAUCCCACAUCAGCUUCACUCUCCCUCAGUGAUGAACACUCUGUGUGAGCUCGUCUUUUAAACAAGUUUAAAUCACUGAUUUUUUAUCAACAACAGAAACAUCUCAACCUAAACCUCAGAGCUCAAACUUUACUUUCCUCUGGAUCAAACUGAACUCCAGGACUUUUCUCCUCCACAGAGAUCAGGGUGUCUCUACAGCACGUUCUGUCUCCACCCCUCCACCUUAUCAGCCCGCUGCAGAGACCUGCUGCUGCCUCCAUUCUGAUACCCCCAUCACAGCUGAUCACACCCCACAGAGUGUGAGCCAGCUGAUACUCAGAUCAUCACACACACACAGGAAGUGAAGACCUGACUUCAGAAACACGCCAUCUGAGCAGGACAGUAAAAAUGAAGAGCAGCGUUUCUCACUCACCGCCAACCAUAGCUGUUGGGACCGGGUGAGGAGGAGAGAAGAAGAGAACGACCGGAGGGACAAGAGAGAGAACGAGAGAGCAGAGAAUAAAGAUUUAAACAGUUGACCCAUGUCCCACCUGUUCACGUGGAAGAGGUGGAGCUUAUCACCUAUACAGCAGACAGUCAGCAGGGGGAGCUCUGCAUGUUUAGGCUUCACUUUUUAGGGAGCUGCCAGGUUUUUUCUGUGUCUGUGAGCUGGUCAGGUUUUCGCCCUCCCAGCAGCUUCCCCCGUUGAGCCUGCACGUUGAGGGGAGCCUCAGGUGAAGUUUCAUGGCAGCGGCUCUCUGAGGCUGCCAUGGCAGCUGCUGCCGCCGAUGCCUCACACCGUAUUACCGCACUGACGCCGGAGGAAGAGGGACGACGGACUGCCGCCAAACUGUUUGGGAACGUUGCCCCGCUGCCACGGACCGAGAGAGAGCGAGAAAGGGGGAAAGAGAGAGAGAGGGAGAGGGAGGAAGAAGAGCAAGGGAGAGAGAGUGGGAACGAGUGUCUGGUGUGCGGGGGUCUGUUCGCCUCACAGGAGAAGCUCCGGCUCCACGCUUUGAGUCACACAGGAGAGAAACCCUUCCACUGCUCCCAGCCGCACUGCCCCAAGGCCUUCAGCUCCAAGUACAAGCUGUUCAGGCAUAUGGCCACACACUCUCCACAGAAGACCCAUCAGUGCUCAUUCUGUGAGAAGAUGUUCCACCGCAAAGACCACCUGAAGAACCACCUGCAGACCCAUGACCCCAACAAAGAGGCCUUCAAGUGUGAGGAGUGUGGGAAGCACUACAACACCAAGCUGGGAUACAAGCGCCAUGUGGCCAUGCACUCUGCCACGGCUGGGGAUCUCACCUGCAAGGUGUGCAUGCAAACGUAUGAGAGCACGCCCGUUCUCCUGGAGCACCUCAAGAGCCACUCGGGGAAGUCCUCAGGAGGCGCCAAGGAGAAGAAACACCCAUGUGACCACUGUGACCGUCGCUUCUACACGAGGAAGGAUGUGAGACGCCACAUGGUCGUCCACACAGGUCGGAAGGACUUCCUGUGCCAGUACUGCGCCCAGCGCUUUGGCAGGAAGGACCACCUUACGCGUCAUGUGAAGAAGAGCCACUCCCAGGAGCUGCUGAAGAUCAAGACGGAGCCUCCGGACAUGUUGGGUCUGUUGGCUUCCGGGUCCCCACCCUGCUCGGUGAAGGAGGAGCUCAGCCCUAUGAUGUGUGGCAUGGGGCCCAACAAAGACCCCAUGAUGGGAAAACCCUUCCCGAGUGGGCCCCCCUUCUCCAUGGGCAUGUACAACCCCCACCACCUCCAGGCCAUGUCCAACUCAGGGGUGGGUCAUCCCCACCCGUCCCUGAUGCCCCCCUCCCUGUCUGCAGCCAUGGGCAUGAGUUGCCACAUGGAGUCUCCUGGUUCCCUUCACCCACACUCCCUGCACCACCACCAUCAUCACCACCAUCACCACCACCACCAUUCCCCCCCGCUGCCCCCCCACCACCAGUCCCCGGCUCCCCAGCAGCAGCACCAGCCCCAGCAGGCCCCCAAGUACCAGCUGGGAUCUACCUCAUACCUGCUGGACAAGCCUCUGAAAGUGGAGAUGGAGAGCUUCCUCAUGGAUCUGCAGAGUGGCUCGCCGGGCCCCGUUCCCUCUGCAGACCCUCACGCUGCUGCCUCGUCCCCCAAGGAUGGACUGGAGCCCUCCGCGGGCCUGGCGGAUGAGCUGUGCGGGGACCACCUCCUGUCCAAGAGCCCUGCGGUGAUCGCUGAGUCUCUGUGUGCUGCUAACAUGGACCUCUCCCACCUGCUGGGCUUCCUGCCCCUCAACCUGCCCCCAUACAGCGCCCCCAUGAGUACAGGAGGCCUGGUGAUGGGCUACACCUCAUCUGCAACCUCCUCCUCAUCAUCUAUCUCCUCUUCCUCAUCUCUGCAUGCUGCAGAGCCACACGCUGCUGCAGUUGCCGCGGCAGCAGCCGCUGUCGCAACGGCACCUCUUACCUCUUUGCAACCGCAACCUCAGGAGCUGCAGAGCUCCAGUGGGGGUCUGAACCUCGGACCCCUGCACCCACUCCCAUCAGUGUUCAGCUCCAGCCUCAGCACCACCACGCUGCCUCGCUUCCACCAGGCCUUCCAGUGAGAGCGCCGGACCCUGGCCCCGCACCCUUUGCCUGCCUAUUGCCCCCGCCCCCUGGUCUCGGCUGUGCGGGGUCGUGUUGGUCGUGGUUAGUUCAGGGCCUGAUGAGAGAAGUUCUGAUAGAGAAAGAAUGAACAGUGGGAAGCCUUAAAUGAAAGCGCACAAAAGCUUUUGAUUGAGCCUGACAGGAAGUCUAACCCUUUCAACAUAAAAGAGAAAGGUGAGGAAAGUGUUGAAGCAGCUUUUAUUUGGGCUUUUAUUUUUCCUAUCCUUUAGUUAUAACCUCGUAUUAACCCUUUAUUUUUAUUACCAUUUACUCCCCUUUACUCCCGCCCAUGUUAGUAGACUAGAGGGCAGCAUCAGUAGGCCAAAAGGUGUGGUACUGCAAACUUUCUAAAGUAAUAAUAUGAAAUAAUCAAAGAUCAUUUUAGUGAAGAUUAUCUGUCUUGUUGUGACCCAGAAAAAAAGAUUUAGUUUGAAGUGAUAUUUUGUUUUUCUUAUUUUACCUUUCCGAUGUAAAAAUCCUGACGUGUCUCAUCCCGAGUGUAAACCUGUCAGAGCGCUCAGAACGGAGGAGGGGAAGAACAGAUCUUUACCUCCUCCUCUGGAAAGCUUCACUAGAGCCAAACUAAAAGAGCCCGGCCUGUAAGAGAAGUGCUCUGCUCUUAUUCUCCAGAUCACUGACGAGCUUGUAGAGUACACCCACACACAGACACACACACAGAGGUGUGUGUGAUCAUUUUAUCUUCCUCCAGAGAAGCACUUUUUUUUAGCAGAAGGCACUUCACCUCGUCAGGAAACCUUUGUCUCCUUCCUCCUCACUUCUUGAGACAAAGUCUUCCUCCUCAUGCCCCUCCUCCUCCUUGUCCUCUCUAUCCUCCUCCUCCUCCUCCUCCUCCUCCUCCUCCUCCACCUCCUCCUCCUCCUUGUCCUCUCUAUCCUCCUCCUCCUCCUCCUCCUCCUAUUAGCCUUUGAACUCAGCUCAGUCUUUAGAAGAGAGCCCUGACAGAUGUGAAGGUGUCAGACAGGUGAGGACAGGUGUGUGUAUUGCAGUGUCUGAAUCUCUCAGUUGAAUAUAACAGUGUCUUUGAUCUCAGUCAGGUGUGUUCAGGUAUUACAGGUGUUGAUGUCUGACAGGUUUACAUCGUCUCUCUGAUCAGAUUUAUGUGUCCGUCAUUUAGCUUCAGUUCUUCAGAGGGAUCUGAGGAGGCAGGUAGUGAUCAAUAAUCAGGUAAAUCCGGUAGACUGUGUCCAUGAUGACAUCGAUGGCCUCAGUGUGUGUGUGUGUGUGUGUGUGUGUGUGUGUGUGUGUGUGUGUGUGUGUGUGUGUGUGUGUGUGUGUGUGUGUGUGUGUGUGUGUGUGUGUGUGUGUGUGUGUGUGUGUGUUCACUCCCAGCUCCGUGGGAUUAGAUCUUUUAUUAACUUUGCACCAGCAGCCUUCAAACCUGAGCCCAAAGUGACCUGCCUCAGAGUCAGUCUGACCUGACUUCUUCAGAAAGAGGGCGGAGCCUCUGCAUCACCUUUGACACCUCUAUCCUCCCCGGCCUCAGACGACCCGCCGCCCCCAUGACACGUUCAAGAGAGAUUAAAAAAACCCAGAUCAUUAAGAAAACAUGGGACACACAACGCUGCUCUGAGCUACGGAUCCCAGCGACGACUGAGGACCAAUCACAGCUCAUUUUACUGAAACCAGGAAGAGCUGAGAGCUGCACAGAACCACAGAGCUCCUCAGACCUCACACAGAUACUCCUCCUACAAAUGAUCCUCCUCCUCUUCCUCUUUCUCUUCCUCCUCCCUCUCUUCCUCCUCCUCUUCCUCUUCCUCCUCCCUCUCUUCCUCCUCCUCUUCCUCCCUCUCUUCCCCCUCCUCCUCCUUCUCCUCCUCCCUCCCCUCAUCUUCCCCCUCUUUCUCUUCUCAGCUGCUUGUAGAGUCAGAGGACAGUUUUCUGGACACUCCUCGUCUUUGACAUUCAAAGUUCGAGACCUCGUGACUGACUUGGACUCGUUGUUGCUCCUCGUCGUUGUUGUUAGUUUGUUUGUUUGUUUGUUUGUCGUAUGAUAUGAAUUUAUUUUCUGUUUGUUUAAAACAGGACCUCGAAAAACAACACAACACAUCACCUCAUUUUAUUUGUUUAUUUCUUACCAAACCUGGGGAGAAGAAACUUCAGUUUGCACAAUAGCUUGUUACAAAGUGCUAAGUAUUGAUUACUGAUGAUUGAUUGAUUGUUGGUGUGGGACUGAACCCUCUCAGCAGCACUGAUCGAACCUCCCACAGUCUCUGUGUUUGACCUGACUCGUCGUCGAUGGCGAGCUUUAAACAGAUCAAAGCUUUGAUCUAAAUAAUUAGCUGUUAGCACCUUUUUGAGAAUGAUAUGAACUCUAAAUUUGAAUCUGAUCUUUGUGAAGCCUUCAUUAAAGAGCUUUUUAAAAAACUCUUUCUGGCUGAAGCCAAAUUUGUAGCACUCAAAAGAUUGUCUGUUUGGUUCUGACAGAAGCUGUUGGCAUGUUCUCAGUUUGUCCUCCCUGGGUUUCUGUGAGCUAAUCUGAAUUCUAGCACUUUCAACCUUUAAAAAAAAGAGUAUUUUUUUCUUUAAAUUUCAGCUUAUAUGUUCAUAUGUUUAAUUUUGUAUUGAUCCUGUAUAUGUACGUGCCAUUAGUCUGAUGUGUAGACUUUGUGUAUUUCUCUUCUCCAAAAGAGUAACAGUAUUUUUAUAGAUUUCACUAAUAUCCCUGGACGUACCGCCCCUCCUUUAAAGACCUUUGUGUUUUGGUAACCAGCUUUGCUUCUCUAAAUUUAUCCAAUCACACUGCAGCCGAGCGCGGAAGAGCGCAGCAGAAACAACACGUGAUGUUCAGAGGACCGUUUUCAGCUCAGAGACAAAGCCACAGAGCAACCACAGCCCGCCCACCAAACGCUGUUGCAACCCAACGAGCUGCAGACGUUUACAGAGCAACAAAACGACCCCAAAGGAAAGCACUUAGAGCUCACAGCAGAGCAAGCCACAGGCCGAGAGGCCGGCUAUAAAUCACACAGAUCAGACUGAAAGAAACCUGUGAGUCCACCACCAGGUCAGACCAGGUGGAGGAGAAGUCACAGGAAACUUUCAACCUUUAAAGGAGACAUGAUCUGUUCCUCUCUAAUCCUUAGAGAGCACAUAUCUGCUGAAGACAAACUCAAAGUUAGAGUCAGAUUAAAUAAACUCUUCAGAGCAAACAGGACUAAUCCUCAGAAACAGCAACUGAAUGUCAGGAGGAUUUCUGGAUGAACGAUUAGAGAAAUAAACUCUAAAAGAGAAACUCAUCCUAGAAUCAAACCGUGAGCCGCAGCUCUAACAGAUUGUUUUUAGUCUAAAGAUUCAGAUUACCCCCUCUGGGGGGGGGGGGGGGGGGGGUCUGUUUAAAUUCACUUCCUGUUUAUUAAACUUUCAACCCCCCCACCACCCUCCUCUGAGCAGAAAACCUGCUUUCACCUCCUCAGGUGUUUAUUUACACUUGUUAUUCAAACUUUACUGAAUCAAAAUCACCCUGACCCUCCUUCCCUGGCCCUUUGUCCCGUGACCUCUGAGUGCUGUUGUUGUCGCUGCUCCUCAGCUUGGCUGCAGCUCCGUUACCUCGAGCUGCACCUCCUCAGGACGCUCUCCUCCUCACCUCCUCGUCUCCUGCAGGAGAUGCAGAGCUCAAACGUUUGAAGGGAAUCGUAGAUGAACCCUGAGACUGAAGAAGUCCAUCGCCCUGGUUUCUUCGUCUUUAGUGAAGCUCGGGUUAUGUCUGCUGCAGACGACAUCCACGUGUAGAUCGAUUUAUUUCUAGCUUAUCGUAAGUCGUGCAUUCCAACCUCUUUGUGUUUCUCCGUAGACAUCGCCCUCUUAGUUUGGAUGGCCUCUGGAAGAAAAGGUGAACAGAUUAUUCUCGUACACUAGUUUCUCUAGACUUUUUGGACAACAGGGAGAAUAUCAUUAAAGACCAGCUUCAGAGAGAGACACAGACUAGCUCUUUUGUUACAUAUCUCACAUGCAAUCAGUCGCUGCGAUGUGAAAGUGACAGAUCUGUAUAUUGGUUGAUCCAAAGAGAUGAUGAACACAACAACAGAACUAUGACUUAUUGUACAGUACCGUGUAUCUUUGAGAUGUCAUGUGUUAUGUUGAAAUGAUUAAAAGACAAACCAGCGGUUUCAUACUC